CCCCCCCUCCCCACCCCGGUCACUCCCUCUCCCCCGAGCCCCGCAAUGCAGCCGCAGUGGGGCCCCGCGGGAAGCCCGUCUUGCCUGCGUGGGGGAGGAGGAUGGUGGCAUCCCCCUGGAUCUCUGCUAAUAGUCGCCGCUUUGUUUUUGUCCCAGGCGCGCGUGACUAUGACUGAGGGCGACAGCCUCAUCUCUGUGGACUAUGAAGUCUUUGGGAAGGUCCAAGGAGUGUUCUUCCGCAAGUACACCCAGGCUGAGGGUAAGAAGCUGGGGCUGGUUGGCUGGGUCCAAAACACCGAAGAUGGCACUGUGCAAGGACAAAUCCAAGGUCCCAGUGUCAAGGUACUGGAGCUGCAGGAAUGGCUCAGGAAGACAGGAAGCCCCAAAUCCUACAUCAGUCGAGCAGAAUUCCGCAAUGAGAAGAAGAUUGUUGCACUGGAGUACAGGAACUUCAGCAUUGUGAAAUAACUAGACUGAAAGACAGAAAGCACUGAGGAGGGAGUUGAGCUCUCAAAAACUUCCCCACCAACCUUUACUUGUUCAGUCAGAUAGUGUACAAAAACAGAGAGCCCUUAGUUUUAUCUUGUUACUGUUCUAAUUUAUUGUCUGUUUGUUAUCCUAUUUAACCCUGAACCUUCCUGAAUGCCAUGGGCAGGAAAACAGGCAAACUGGAGGGUGAGACUGCCUUUAAUAAAGGGAUUGUUUGGAAACCCAA